UGGGGUCCCUGGUGUGUCUCCUUGGCAUAUCGGCAGUGCUGUUCGUAAGUACAGACCCAGGAAGCUUGCAAACUUUCUCAGAAGCGCCCCUCAGGGAAAACGAGGGGGAUUUUUCUUCUGGGAACAUGGCUGACAACAACAGACCGUGGCUUAGUCAUGUCCAAAGAAAGAACGCUAUUAAAACGAGGUCAGAGGCGGUCACAGGCGACGCCAAUCUUCUUGAAAACGCGCGCAAAGCUACCGAAUUAAACGAUGCCAACGGAUUCUUGGAAAAAUUGGGCCUAAACACACCAAAGAAGCCUGGUACAAGCAGAAAUCCCUUUAGAAACCAACCAUCCUCAAGCACAGCGUCUAUCAAACCAAGGUUCAAACUGAGCUCAAAAACCGAACAGGUGACCAACAUGGCCGCCAUUUUUUCCAUCGCCCCUCCCCCUGGUAAUAAUGAUGAAGAAACCCACAGAAAAGUCUUAAUAAAACAAAAUCUCGCGAAGAAAUUGAGAAGUCUCACAAAUGAUAAAGGGCUCAAGAAGGGUGAACCACGAGUGUCUGUAGCAGAAAAUAACUCAGGGAAAGAGCUAACUUCUCCCACUAUCCACACGAAAGGACAUAGAUCUGGUCAUGAUUACAAUGUCGGACUAGCAAGGGAGUUACCCACCACAAACCCCUUCUCUAGGCGGAAAACAAAACACAGGGAAACUUUUGACAGAAAUAACUCUGCACCACGGAUCAUGGAACUCACAAGCGAUCAGGUCGUGACAAGGAACACUUUGAAAAUGAACCCUACGACCAUUCCGAACGACUCAGACAGAAGUGGUGGCAAAGGCAGCGAACGAAUGUCCACACACCAUGUCGGGAAACUGGACAUGUCAACGGUUGAGACUAGAUAUGGCGAAGAAAGGAAAAUCCACAUCGACACAGAAAGCAACUUAGAUAUUAAGAUUAAGCCAGAUUUUCAGUAUAACAACGAAGAAACACAACAUUUUGAAAGUCGGUGCGGCGCGGAGAGAAAUUGUACAACUGAAAGAGGAAGACAUGGCACCCAGAAUAAAGAAAAAGCAAAGCGAACCCACUCUGACCGUGACCACUAUAAUACUCAUUCCACUGAGAUAUCUGUCACACCGAGUGAUAUAGCCGUGUUGGGCGAAGUCGAAGGGUUUAUCGACACAUGGGAGGGAGCAGAAAGACAUGUUCUCUCCAUUUUCAGGCGAGGACAUAAGCUCACAAGAGCAAGAAAGCAACAGGGCGACCACCCACCAGGCUUCCGUCUUGGAGCGCCACAGUCCAACGCUACUGAGGAAGAGGGGAAGACAACACAAUCUGGGAAAAUGAGGAAAGACGAAAAGAGAGGCAGAAGGAAGCUAACGGCAGAGGAAGACAUCGAAGAAGAUAGAAGGGAGACAGAGAAAGACAACGAGAAGAAAAGAAGGAAGACAGAGAAAGGCAAAAGGACGACGAAGAAAGGCGAAGAGAAAGAUAGAAGAAAGACGACUAGAGACGACGAGAAACACAGGAGAAAGACAGAGCAAGACAACGAGAAAGAAAGAAGAGAAACGGAGAAAGACGAAGGGAAGACAGAGAAAGUCAAGAAGGAAAGAAGGAAGACGGCAGAGAAAGACAAGGAAAAAGACAGAAGGCCAGAGACGGAUAGGGACAAGAGGAAAGACAGAAAGAGGACAGAUAGCAGAAAUUUGGCGGAAAGAACUCGAAAAGGUCGUCAUAGGAAGAGGACGGGCUCUUCAAUAAGGACCACCAGGCAGGGUUCAAGAUCAAACCGACGCAAGUGUGCUUUUCGGAAAGACGCUAAGCAGACACAACAGAUGGAUACAGCUAACGCCAGCCUACAAAGCAUUGAUCAUUUGAAAGGAGAGAAAUUUGAAGAAGACGGCAAAAUCUCUUAUUUCAGAAAUACCAACAUAACAUCUCAAAACGGUGUUGACAGCUACAACUCAACCCAAACUGUCAACUCUUCGAGAAGACAUUCCAGACGCUUGAUAGCAAGGAAGAGAAGAAGGCAAUGUUUCCGUGGGCGAGGAAGAAAGAGGCGUAGGCACAAUGCAUCCAAAAGCAAAGGGAGAAAAGGCGAACUGAGACAGAUAAAACCUCAUCUGACGAAAACGCUAUCUAAUAAAGAAGAGGCUGUUGUAACACCUGUAACAAGCCCACCUUCACACAACAAAUCUACCGUUAGUAAACAGGCCGUUUUCGGAACCGUCAACAACAGCCACAAAGAGAAUGUGUCCCCAAAAGUGCCGCUUGACAGUUGCCCCGAAAACCGAACCACGAAUUCUCCCAACUUGCCCUUGAACGUGAGAUCGGUCUGCCCGUGGUCGUACUACGUAGACCACGACCCCGACCGAUUCCCCUACGACAUUCUCCAGGCCAGGUGCCGAUGCAUCGCGUGUCUGGACACGACAACCAACCGACAAAACUACAACUACGUCUGCGUUCCUGUGACGAUACAGAAGCUGGUGUCCAGGAGGAAAAAGAAGAAGUCCGGACGAGGAUACAGAUACAGGAACGAGUGGGUGAACGUUGCGGUCGGCUGUACGUGUGUUAAUCCGCGGUAUUCUCCAUAAUCAGACUCAAGUUAUAGCCUAUAUAGUACACCCCACCACUCGUACAGCACAAAAGAAAAGGUUAUUUAUAAGGUUGAAUAUCCCCCUUGUUUUACUCGUAAAACAUAAAGUACAUUGAUGAACUGGACCAAGUGAAGACGGACUCUAUUUACACAGCUGUACAUUUUGUACAUGCCAACAGUUGUACAGUAGAAACAGAAGAAAACAAGUUACAAGACAAUCAAACAUUUGAGAACGUUGCAGAUGCAAAGUAGUUGGGGUGAAAGGAAUAAACAAAUAAAGUAAAAAAAACAUCUUUCUUCUGCAGG